CCGAGCGCGGCGGGAUUGUGGGAUUCGGCAGCGAGCCGCGCGCACGGAGCCAGGGGACAGCCAACAUGGCGGCGGCCGCGAGCGCAGCGAGCCCCUUGCGGAAGUGAGUUACAGAAGUGUGAUUAAAGAAGAGAGAAAUGCAUUUUAUGGCCAAGAGACAAAGCUCAGUCAGGUGUAUCAGUGUGAACCCUGAAGAAAGUCUGGGAGCACGAGGUGCAAUUCAAGCGAUGCUGUGGAGAGGACCAUGAUGAGGAGAUUCUAGGGAUUUGCCAUAGUAUGGCUGCUUCUCGAUCCACGCGUGUUACAAGAUCAUCAGUGGGGAUUAAUGGAUUGGAUGACAACUUUUGUGGUCGCACCCUAAGAAACCGUAGCAUUGCCCACCCGGAGGAUUCCUCGCCCAACCCUCCGCAGAGAGCCCGGUCUCCUAAGAAGAAGCAGGACUGCCAGCAGCCGCCCUCCAAGGGGAAUACCUCCAGCAGACUAGCCGACUCGAAACAGCCCCAGGGUUCUAGAGAAUCAUGGAUGAGCCCCAGGAAGAGGGGGCUCUCCUCCUCUGAGAAAGACUCGAACCCCGACAAAGCGGACAACUGCGACCGGAGGCCUUCGAGGGAGGUGUCUCCCGUCCUCAAGCGCAUCAAACGCUGCCCGCGCUCCGGGGAUGCCCCCAGCUCGGAAGAAGACUCUCCGGUCAAGGCCGAGAAACCCGCGGGCGAUCCCAAGGAGGCGGAAGGCGACGCGGACUCGCCCGGCCCGAAACGAGCCCGGCGCUGUCUUCUGCUGGACGAUUACGACAAAGGGGAGAUCAAAAAGGUCGACAGCCCCGCGGGCAAAAACAGCCAGCCUGGGCUUUCCGACGAGGCCGGCCAGGUAACCAAUGGGCUUGACGAACAAGACUUGGACGCCGGUAAAAACUGCCCGGAAGACGCCUCCAAACCGCACCGCGCGGGCUCCUGCGAACCCGCCCAGGAUGUCGGUGCCGUCCCUGCCAGCGCGCGGAACAAGUCUUUGUCGCUGCUGAAUGGCGGCAAGGCGGACUCUGCCCUAGACCCCGACGAUGUGCCUUGUACAAACUCGCAUUCCGAGCAGGCGGAGCCCAGCGCCCCCACAGCUCCCGCACCAACCGAGGGCGGCGGCGGCGGCGGCGGCUCGGCCAGGGAGUGUGGCGCGGAAAAUACCAAUGGUGGCCUAUGUGCUGUACAGGACAACAAACCAACCUCAGGAGAACCCGAGCCGCCGGUAGGGCUGGACGGCAGCCCCGCUGAGGCGGCCUCUUUCACGGAACCUCAAGAACACAGAUACACACUGAGAACCUCGCCGAGGAGGGCCGCCUGCAGCCGGGGCAGCCCUCACAAGCUGAACUCUCCCUCCAGGGACAGCGGGCCGGCGAAGGAGGAAGACAGGGAGGGCAGCGAGAGCCGGACCCUGCCGUCCGGCGAGGCCGCGUCGGACAGCGAGCCCGGCGCGAGACCGGACCCGGCCCCCUGCGACGGCCCCCCUGGCGAGCACGGGGACGGGACGGUUAAGUUAACGGGAGAGUCAGGGUUGUCAGACAGCAGGCUCUCGAGAUCCGCCAAAGAGUUGGUGAGCAGCCACGCCACAGAGGAAGACGAGGAUGAGGAAGAUCCCGAUGUCUAUUAUUUUGAAUCGGAUCAUUUGGCUUUGAAACACAGCAAAGAUUACCAGAGGUUGCUUCAGACCAUUGCUGUGCUGGAGGCUCAGCGCACUCAAGCUAUCCUGGACCUGGAGUGUCUGGCCCGGCGCCAGAAAGAGGCCCUCAGUAACCCUAUUGGGUUUGUAGAGCAGCUCCAGAAGCAGGUGAGUGUCGGCUUGCCUUGCCCACAGCGCGUCGUCCAGCUGCCCGAGAUCGCCUGGGACCAGUACACCUCUGGCCUCGGAGACUUUCAGAAGGAGUUCCGCAACAAAAAACGCAACACUAGGAGGCUGAAGCUCAUAUUUGACAAAGUGGGGUUGCCUGCCCGACCAAAAAGUCCUCUGGAUUCCAAAAAGGAAGCAGAGUCCUCUGCUUUGUACUCGGCUUUGCCUUCCAGCGACGGCCCAGACCUGGCAUCGGGCAGCAGGACGCAGCAGAUGAUAAGAGGGAGGGUCUGUGAUCAGAGUAAACCUGACACCUUCAACCAGCUCUGGACAGUGGAAGAACAGAAAAAGCUGGAGCAGCUCCUCUUGAAAUUUCCUCCUGAAGAAGUUGAGUCUAAACGGUGGCAGAAAAUAGCAGAUGAACUCGGUAACAGAACAGCAAAGCAGGUAGCCAGCAGGGUACAGAAGUACUUUAUAAAACUGACAAAAGCUGGGAUUCCAGUACCAGGAAGGACUCCCAAUCUCUGCAUGUAUAGCAAAAAGGCGUCCAACAAGAGGCAGCACCAUCUGAACAAGCACCUGUACAGACCCUCCACCUUCAUGACCUCCUACGAGCCACCUGUGUACAUGGACGACGACGACGACAGGUCCAGCUUUUACAGCAACCUCCAGGACCCGGCGGCUGAGGAGUCUGAUGAGGAAAGCAUCCCGGUGGAGUACAGACAUUUGCCGGAGUACAAAGAGUUGAUGCAGCUGAAGAAGUUGAAGAAACAGAAACUCCAUGAAAUGUGUACUGAAAACUCUUUGGUGCAACAUAUUGGAUUUAAGUGUGACAACUGUGGGGUGGAGCCCAUUCAGGGAGUUCGGUGGCACUGUCAGGACUGUUCGCCGGAGAACGCCAUCGAUUUCUGCACCAGCUGUUCGGACUGCUUACUGAAGACGGAGACCCAUAAGCCUGACCACGCCCUGGAGGCCAUUUACCGAGCGGAGACGUUUCUAGACAGAGACUACUGCAUGCCGCACAGCACAGGCUACAACUACCUUGAUCCCAACUACUUCCCCGCCAACAGAUGACAGGGGCAAAGCCAGCGGUCCGAAGGCUCGACGUCCUUUAUUAACGGUUUGCCAAUGGCUCCAUUGUCGACGUUCCGCGCUUGGAUUGGAAACCGGACGGUGGCGCCCUCCCCCGCGCGGGUCGAAAACCGGGUAGGACAGCUUCCACGGGCGUGUCACGGCCAAACCUCUGUGCGGCCGUCCCAGCGGUCACAGGUCUUUAAAAAACGGCACGGCGUCGAAAGACGCAGCGACAUUCCUUACCGGGCCGGCUAAAAGAGGCGCCCCCAGGGGCUCUCGUUUUAGGCGAUUCCGUUGGACCUCCACAUGGUCAGCUGACGGACUCGAGGGCGUAGAUGAGCUCGCUGUCUAGUUAACCCUCUGACAACACAAACGUUUCUCUGACAAGGAGCCUCAGUCUCUCUAUCAUAACAAAAGGUAACAUGAUAUAGCUAGGUGUCUGUAGAUAAGUAUUUAUAAAUGAAUCAGUGAGGUAUCUUGCCAUUUUGUCCUGAGUUAGAUUUGGAACAGGGACGGACAUUUUGAUUCAUACUAGGUUUUUAACCAAUCACAGUGUUUGCUAAUCCAAUAAUGUUCUUAAAACAUGUCUGUGGACCCUGCAGUUGUCAACAGCGUGGUCCCCUUUUCACUAAAAGCUGCUUUAUCACGUCUUUUGGUUAUUUUGUUCUUUUUUUGAUAUCGAAACUUCACUAAACUCAUUUGCUUACCAACACAGAAGCACUACACCAACAGAAGACGAGCGAAGAGUGGCACGCAACACAGUGCUGCUCUUAGUUUCCCCAGAUUCAGAAGGUAGAGAUGUCAUCCAGUCAUUUUAAAAAAAAAAAAUAUGUACUGUUGUAAACAUGUGGUGUGUACAUUAUAUGGUGAAAAAGAAGUAGCCAGUGGUAGUAACUGUGUAACAUUUCUUGGAGUUUCCACCUAUCAGCUGAAUGAAUUACACAGCCUUUCUGCCUCUGCAGUGCGAGUUGACAUUGCAAAUCGUCGAUGAAACUGGCUAAUCAUGUAUGUAGAUUCCCUAACUUUGCAGUCUGCACAAGGUCCAUAAAAGAUUGUAUUUUUAUUAUCUAUUUAAAGAAAAAAAAAAAGGGUUAGUCACCGCAGUGAGCAGAGGUUCACCUGCAUUCUUUUAUACAAGUAGAUUUUGUUGUGCUUCAAUUAGACCAUUUUGUAAGGGUUUUUUUUCCUGCUUCAGUAUCUGUGUAUACAGUAUGUUCUUAAAUAAUGUAAAAUUGUCAGGAGAACUGUGGAAAUAAAACUAUGUGGAAAUAGUCUUUCUAUA